GCAAGAUAUCGCUUUAUGAAUGAAACCAAAGAAAGGAGAAUUGUUGGUUGGAAAUGCUAAAGAUUUGAAACCAUUGUGAACACCUGCUGAUGGAAAAGAAUGACUUCCACUUGUUUCUCCGUGCCCAUCACUUCCACUCCCCUCACUACAACGCACACUGCGCCCUGUCCAAAUACGAAAAAAGCUACUAAGAAUAGAAAAGUGGAGAAAUAUAUAGUUAUUUAGAGUGGCAAGACACUAGGAUAUCAGUAAGAUACUAUGAAGCAUGAAUUAUAUGUUACUGAUGCAGUCACUACGAAUGGCUCAAUGCAAAAUAACCAUGCUAGUUCACUCGCCUCAGCCACUGACAAGCAGAUAGUGGAGUUCACAGAUAUUGUUGGUGCUAACGGAAGAUGGCAGUUAAAAAUCUUCAUUUUGACUGCAUUAUCUGGCAUUUCAGCAGCAUGGAAUCACUUAGCUAUAAGUUUUUUAGCAUUUCCCACUGAUCACUGGUGUGCCCGACCAAAAGAAAUUAAUAUCUCAUUAAAUGAAUGGUUCCAAGAUUAUCUUCCUAACGCGACCAUCAAAGGUACUUCUCAUCACAGUCAAUGUCAAAAGUUUGUUAUUGAUAAUUCCACGUUUACUCCUAUUACUACAGAGGUGGAGUCAUGCACUGUGUGGGAAUACGCAUUAGAUUUUAACUCCAUCAUAUAUAAGUGGGAUCUUGUAUGUGAUAAGGAGUGGAUGAUAUCUACAAGUCAGUCCGUUUACAUGCUGGGAUUUUUAUUCACUGUUUUCGUUUCAGGACAAAUUUCAGAUAUAUAUGGGCGCCAUUUUGCUUUUAUGGUGAAUGUAGCAGUGCUCCUCAUUGCUGGGAUAGCAGUAGCUUUCGCCAAUUCUUUCAUCAUGUUUGCUCUAUGCAGAUUCUUCGUUGCUGUUGGACAAGCUGGAACAACCUUAGUCGCAUUUAUUAUUAUCAUUGAAGGUGUUGGCUCAAAACAACGAGCAAAAUAUGCGUUGCUAAAUUCCCUUGGAUGGCAUACGGGGUAUAUUUCUCUUCCCCUGGUAGCUUGGCUAACACAGGAUUGGUUUGCAUUGCAAUUGGCCAUAACUCUUCCCUGUCUGCUUUACAUUCCUUACCUAUGGCUAUUACCUGAGUCUCCUCGAUGGCUGCUUUCCAAAGGUAAACUCAAACAAGCACUGCCAAUUUUGGAGGAAAUAGCGAAGUUAAAUAAAGUGGAAGUCAAAGAUUUAGAAUCCAAAGCUAAAGCUCUUAGCUGCAGCGAUAAUGAUGGUGAUGGUAAAAGUUCCGCUGUAACAGUGAUAGAUUUGCUUCGUACUCCAAACUUGAGGAAGAAAACCCUUUGUUUGUACUUUACGUGGGUUGUCAUAUCAUUCACAUAUUACGGAUUAUCGUUAAACACGAAUGAUUUGGAAGGUAACGAUUACUUGAAUUUCUUUAUUUCUGGUCUAUUGGAAUUCCCUGCAAUGUUUUUUUGUCUGUUCACCAUGGAUUUCUUAGGCAGAAAAAAACCUUUGAUGUUCUGUCUUCUGACGGGUGGACUCGCUUGCUUCGGGUGCAUGUUUGUCCCAAAAGCUUUGCCAUCAGUCAGCACUAUAUUAGCCAUGAUAGGAAAAAUGUUCACAUCUGCAUCUUUCGCCAUCAUAUAUAUCUACUCAGCGGAAAUUUUUCCAACGGUUGCAAGAAACAUUGGAGUAGGCUCAAGUUCUACAAUGGCACGAGUUGGAUCUGCAAUAGCACCUUUUAUGAGGGAUCUGGGUAAAGUUACUAAUCCGUCUGUACCAUUGGGAAUAUUUGGGGUGCUUUCAAUCAUCAAUUCGGGCCUUUUGACUUUCAUGCCAGAAACAAACAAAUAUCCUGUACCUGAGACAUUCGAACAAGCUGAAAACUUUGGAAAGAAAAUAAAAGAUGAAGAAACAGACACGCCUUUCAGAAUUAAACAUGUUUCAUCAGUUUUUUGAAUGCGUUAAAUAAUAUGAUGAUUGGAAAACAAAGUUGACUGGAUUCCCUGCGAAUAUGAUGAGCCAAAUUUGAAAGGCAAGACCAGAAAAAAAAAGUUUUCACAAAACUACCAUCCAACUGUUUUCAGAAGUGAUAUGUAAAAUAUGUUAUUAAUGCAUGGAAAUGAUAAGAGAAAGAAAAUAUUUUUUGAUAUUGGAUCAACAUCAUAAAUGCGGCUUAUUUUCCAGCAUUGAUAAAGGCUAUUAUGCGUUGCAUUAAAAAAGUAGCAAAGAAAAGUGGCAAAUGUCUAUGUAUUUAGACUGCACCCUCCUCUGAGUGGAUUGUUUGACUUAAAAGUAAAUUUGAGAAAUUAUAAAUGCAUAUCAUGAAAUAAGUUUUAACUAGCAAUUAUUUGCGUUCAUUUUAAAUUCAGUCCUUUCAUAAUUGUAAAGCUAAAAAUACUUUGAAUUCAUGAUAAUGCUACCAUCAUAUACAUAAAUUAUAUGAAUUUAUUGAUAAAACCGGCAUAUGAAUAGAAUAUACAUUAGUGAAUUCUUCCCUUUUGUAUGUAAAAUUUGAUUUUUCUCUUAAUACGCUAGUGUAAGUUAGCUACACCAAAAUGAUUUCUUGGAUUUUAAUUGGUGUCAAGCAAAGUGUAGAUGUGAAAUACCUAGAUUUGAAUGACAUUCCGCAAAGCUCAUCAAACUUUUAUCUGUAAUGGUCAGUUAUUUCAUUGUAGUCAAAGUGAAAAAUAAAGUUUCAAAACAUUAAACUAAAACUAUAUUUGAAAUAUUGUCUGAAAAAUAAAUGAAUCUAAAUACAAUAAAUUUUCAAAUUCACACAGAAAUUUUAAAAAGCAAAAUUGCUACAUUUUCCUCGAAAAACUUCUUAUAAAUAUUUAUUUUUAAAAUCAGUUUGAAAUAAAUCUUAAAGCAA